AUGAUGAGAGAACCCUGCUUCAUGUUCCGGGGAAACGUCUACAAGAAGUGGGCAGCUGCACUUUGUAUCUUUGCUGCGUUCUACUACCUCUGCUAUGUCCACCUCCGGCAAAACCUCAUUGAAUUCCCCUUGCCUUCCUCCUGUCCUCAUGUGCAAAUCCACACUCCCCAAAACACUUCACAACAACCACACGUCUGCGAUCCUAAAGUGGAUAUUAUGUUCAUGAAGACUCAUAAAACCGCCAGCAGCACCAUAAUAAACAUACUCUUUCGUUUUGGUUGUUUUGAUAAGAUGCGGCUCAUGCGCUCUUCCUCCCAUGCCUCCCUCCCUUCUCCAUCUCACGUGGAUGCGCACAAGCUCGUGAAGAGCUGCAGUGGGCUCAGUGAGAAGAAGACCAUGGCAGUCUCCACUCAGCUGGGCUUACUGCUGUGGAAGAACUUCACCUACCGCCGGAGACAGACGCUCCAACUCUUGAUUGAGAUUAUCUGGCCUCUGUUCAUCUUCUUUAUAUUAAUUUCUGUCAGAGUUCAUUAUCCCCCGUACGAGCAACAUGAAUGUCAUUUUCCCAACAAGGCCAUGCCCUCCGCUGGCACACUGCCCUGGGUACAAGGCAUCAUCUGCAACGCUAACAACCCCUGCUUCCGCUCCUCCACACCCGGAGAGAGUCCUGGAAUGGUGGGAAACUUCAACGACUCAAUAAUUUCCCGUCUCAUCACUGACGCCAAGAAGAUCCUGCUCUACAGCCAGAACGACAAGAGCUAUGAGGGCUACAAGGGUCUGCUCAGGGCCCUCAAGAAGCUUCAGAAGAACACAGCGGGGUUCAAAUUGAAGGACUUCUUGAGAGACAACGAGACACUUUCACAUUUCCUUCACCACAACGCCUCUCUCCCACGACACGACCUGCGCCAAAUUGUGGAGGCUGAUGUUAAUCUGGAGAAGGUGCUCACCAAAGGCUUUGGAUUCCAUCUCAGAGAUCUCUGCAACACAACGCCCUUGGAAGAAUUUGUACAUAUUGCCGACCACAACGUCUCCAAAAGGAUCCAAGAAAUCAUCUGCAAAUCUUCCAGCGAGUGGUUAAACAAAGCACAAAGCCACUUCCUCUCAAAUCUGGACUUCCUCAAACCCGUUCGAAAAGACGUGAAGACCGAUCCUAAAGUGGUUCAGGAUGUUUCAACAGCGACCGAUAAUCUCCUGGAAAGUCUGGGUGCUCUGGCCGUGGAGCUCGGCCGUAUGGACAGUUGGAAGGACAUGCGCAGAGAGAUUCUGUAUCUCACUGGAAACGCCAGCGGCUCCCCAAACCAGAUGUACCAGGCCGUGUCCAGGAUCGUGUGCGGACACCCGGAGGGCGGGGGCCUCAAGAUCAAGUCCCUCAACUGGUACGAAGACAACAACUACAAGGCCCUGUUUGGAAACCAUGGCAACGACAGCGACGCAGAACCUGUCUCGGUGUACGACAACUCCUCAACUCCAUAUUGCAACAACUUGAUGCGGAACCUUGAGUCCAGCCCUAUUUCCAGAAUGAUCUGGAGGGCCUUGAAGCCUCUGCUGAUGGGCAAGAUCCUGUACACGCCAGACACUCCAGCAACACAGAGAAUCAUCCAUGAGGUUAAUAAGACCUUCCAGGAGCUUGGUGUCUUGCGGGAUCUUGGUGGCAUGUGGGAAGAAAUGAGACCUAAAAUCUGGAACUUCAUGGAAAACAGCGAGGAAAUGGACUUAGUCAGGACAUUGCUGCAAAACAACGCUAGUGCCUCCUUCUUCAACAUCCAGCUGAGUGGCACAGAGUGGAAAGUGUCCGACGUGGCUCGUUUUCUGUCCAAAGUGUCAGAAUCAGUGUCUACGGGAGCCUACACCUGGAGAGAGGUUUUCAACGAGACCGACCAGGCCAUUCAGACCAUCUCCCGCUUCAUGGAGUGUGUGAAUCUGGACAAGCUCGAGCCGGUUGCCAACGAGGAGCGGCUGGUGAACAAGUCCAUGGGUCUUCUCAACAACCAAAAGUUCUGGGCGGGAAUUGUGUUUCCGGACAUCACCCACGGCAGCAGCAGCUCGGACCUGCCCCCCAACGUCAACUACAAAAUCCGCAUGGACAUCGACAACGUAGAGAGGACCAACAAGAUCAAGGACGCUUAUUGGGAUCCAGGUCCCAGAGCCGACCCCUUUGAGGAUCUGAGAUACGUCUGGGGCGGGUUUACCUACUUGCAGGACGUCAUCGAACAAGGAAUAAUCCGAGCGAUCACGGGAAGCAAGGAGCGAACUGGAGUCUACAUUCAGCAGAUGCCCUACCCAUGUUACGUUGAUGACAUGUUUCUCCGCGUGAUGAGCCGCUCCAUGCCGCUUUUCAUGACCUUGGCGUGGAUGUACUCCGUGGCCAUCAUCAUCAAAGGAGUGGUUUAUGAGAAAGAGGCACGACUCAAGGAGACUAUGCGCAUUAUGGGACUGAACAACGGCACCUUAUGGCUCAGCUGGUUCAUCAGCAGCUUAAUACCACUGCUCAUCAGUGCUGGUCUGCUGGUGAUUCUGCUCAAGAUGGGAAACCUGCUGCCCUACAGUGACUCAGGGGUGGUAUUCCUGUUUCUGGGAUCGUUUGGAGUGGUCACAAUAAUGCAGUGUUUCCUGAUUAGCACGCUGUUUUCACGCGCUAACCUCGCUGCAGCGUGCGGAGGCAUCAUCUACUUCACCCUCUACCUUCCCUAUGUGCUGUGCGUGGCCUGGCAAGACUACGUGGGAUAUGGAGCCAAACUUGUUGUGAGUCUCCUGUCCCCCGUGGCCUUUGGUUUUGGCUGCGAGUACUUUGCCCUAUUUGAAGAGCAGGGUGUGGGGAUCCAGUGGUCCAAUUUGCUGGCCAGUCCCCUGGAGGAGGACAGCUACAACUUGACGACAUCCAUCUUCCUCAUGCUGUUCGACGCAGUGCUCUAUGGAAUAAUGACCUGGUACAUUGAGGCUGUGUUUCCCGGACAGUACGGCAUUCCCAGACCGUGGUACUUCCCUUUUACCCGUACAUACUGGUGCGGAGAGAAAGAAAACCGAAACCUGUCGAGCUCUCAGUCGCAGAAAAGCAAUCCUGAAGAUCUGUGCAUUGAGGAGGAGCCUGGUCACAUUGAGCCUGGCGUGUACAUCGAAAAUCUGGUUAAAGUGUACAGCCAUGGAAACAAGCUUGCCGUCGAUGGACUUAGUCUGAGAUUUUACGAAGGGCAGAUCACCUCCUUCCUUGGUCAUAACGGAGCUGGCAAAACUACAACAAUGUCCAUUCUGACUGGACUGUUCCCACCCACCUCUGGCACAGCCUACAUUCUUGGGAAGGACAUCCGCAAUGAACUAAGCACCAUUCGGCAAAAUCUCGGAGUGUGCCCUCAACACAAUGUGCUUUUUAGCAUGCUGACUGUGGAGGAGCACAUCUGGUUCUACGCCCGUCUCAAGGGUUUACCCGAGGAGAAAGUGAAGACCGAAAUGGAGCAGAUCGUAAACGACGUGGGGCUGCCGCACAAACGCACUUCUCGCACUAGCACGCUGUCCGGUGGCAUGCAGAGGAAACUGUCUGUAGCUCUCGCCUUUGUCGGGGGUUCGAAGGUUGUGAUCCUGGAUGAGCCCACUGCCGGGGUGGAUCCGUACGCACGUAGAGGCAUUUGGGAUCUUCUGCUGAAGUACAGACAAGGUCGUACCAUCAUUCUCUCCACGCACCACAUGGACGAAGCAGACAUUCUAGGGGACCGGAUUGCGAUCAUCUCCCAUGGAAAACUGUGCUGUGUUGGCUCCUCCCUCUUUCUGAAAACUCAUCUGGGAACGGGCUACUACUUGACUCUGGUCAAACGUGACUAUGACUUAACACUGCAGUCCUGUAGGAACUCUGCCAGCACCGUGUCCUAUACCAAAAAAACAGAAAAGGAGGACAGUGUAUCACAAAGCAGCUCUGACGCCGGACUGGGCAGUGAACCAGAGAGUGAAACUACUACUAUUGACGUGUCUCUGAUCUCCAACGUGAUCUUCAAGCACGUCCCUGAUGCCCGGAUGGUGGAGGACCUCGGACAUGAGUUGACCUACAUCCUGCCAUAUCAGUCGGCUAAAGAUGGCGCUUUCGUUGAGCUUUUCCACGAACUGGACGAUCGCCUGACAGAUCUUGGAAUCUCCAGCUAUGGAAUCUCUGACACAACUCUAGAGGAGAUUUUCCUUAAAGUGGCUGAAGAUAGUGGUGUGGAUGCUGCCGAACUCUCAGAUGGGGUUGUGCCGACCAGGACCCGCCGUCGCCACGCCUUUGGAGACCACCAGAGCUGCUUGAAACCCUUCACCGAGGACGACUUUGAUUUCAACGACUCUGAAGAAUCUCGCGAGACAGAUUGGCUGAGUGGAAUAGACGGGAAAGGAUCGUACCAGGUCAAGGGCUGGAGUCUGAAGAGGCAGCAGUUUGUGGCUUUGCUGUGGAAGCGUUUUCUCUACGCACAGCGCUCCAGGAAGGGAUUUUUUGCACAGAUUGUGCUUCCGGCAGUUUUCGUUUGCAUCGCGCUGGUGUUUAGUCUAAUCGUGCCGCCGUUUGGAAAAUACCCCAGCCUGGCUCUGCACCCCAGCAUGUACGGAGAGCAGUUCACUUUCAUCAGCAACGACAUGCCUGAGGACCCACACAUCAACAAGCUGCAAAGAGCAUUAACAGAAAAACCAGGCUUCGGGACGCAUUGCAUGGAUGGGGAACCUAUACCAGACAUACCCUGCACAACUGUAGAGGACGAAUGGUUAGUCCCUGAGGUGCCUCUGAGUGUCACUGAGAUGUUCGAGAAUGGAAACUGGACCAUGGAGAACCCAUCUCCGCUCUGUAGCUGCAGCUGCGGGGGUCGGAAGAAGAUGUUACCCGAGUGUCCCGCUGGUGCUGGGGGUCUGCCUCCUCCACAGAGCAAGAUCAGUGAAACGGACACACUUCAGAAUUUGACUGGCCGCAACGUUUCCGACUACUUGGUGAAAACUUACGCUCAAAUCAUUGGAAAGAGCCUGAAAAACAAGAUUUGGGUCAAUGAGUUCAGAUAUGGUGGAUUCUCAUUGGGUGCAAGGAAUUCUCACCUUCUCUCACAAACAGAUGACAUCGAUGAAGCUAUAGCUCAGCUCAGGAGGCGCUUCCGACUUGAGAGAGGAACAGCAGCAGAUCGCUUCUUCCGCAGCCUCUCCAGUUUUAUCGGAGGAUUAGACACCAAGAAUAAUGUCAAGAUCUGGUUUAACAACAAGGGAUGGCACAGCAUUGCAUCGUUUCUGAAUGUGAUGAACAACGGUAUCCUAAGGGCAAGUCUACCAGCCGGCAAAGACCCCACCAAGUUUGGCAUCACGGCCCACAACCACCCCCUCAACCUCACCAAAGAGCAGCUGUCCCAAGUAGCUCUAAUGACAACCUCGGUGGACGUGCUGGUUUCCAUCUGCGUUAUAUUUGCCAUGUCCUUUGUCCCAGCCAGUUUUGUGGUCUUCCUCAUCCAGGAGAGAGUUAACAAAGCCAAACAUCUGCAGUUUAUCAGCGGAGUGCAGCCUUUCCUCUACUGGCUCGCCAACUUUGUCUGGGACAUGUGCAACUACAUCGUUCCAGCCACUCUGGUUAUCAUCAUUUUUGUGUGCUUCCAACAAGAUGCGUAUGUGUCCUCCACCAAUCUCCCUGUGCUGGCUCUUCUGCUCCUGCUCUAUGGGUGGUCUAUCACUCCUCUGAUGUACCCAGCCUCGUUCUUCUUUAAGAUCCCGAGCACGGCCUAUGUGGUUCUGACCAGUGUCAACAUACUCAUAGGGAUCAAUGGCAGUGUGUCCACUUUCGUCUUGGAGCUGUUUGGAAGCAAUGAAAUUGGCGGCAUUAAUGACAUCCUUAAGAACGUCUUCCUGAUUUUUCCUCACUUUUGUCUGGGACGAGGGUUGAUUGACAUGGUGAAAAAUCAGGCCAUGGCUGAUGCACUUGAACGUUUUGGGGAAAACCGUUUCCGCUCUCCUUUGGCCUGGGAUAUGGUGGGAAAAAACCUGUUUGCAAUGGCAAUCGAGGGCCUUGUCUUCUUCAUCAUUACUGUCUUGUUACAGUAUCGUUUCUGCAUCAAAGCCAGGUCAUCCACCAGUCACUUGAAGCCGAUUGGAGAAGAGGAUGAAGAUGUUGCCAGAGAGCGGCAGAGGAUCCUCAGUGGAGGAGGGCAGACGGACAUCCUGGAGCUUCGUCAGCUCACAAAGAUAUACAAGAGGAAACAGAAGCCUGCGGUAGACCGACUGUGUGUAGGCAUUCCCCCAGGAGAGUGCUUUGGUUUGCUGGGAGUUAACGGAGCUGGAAAAACAAGUACAUUUAAGAUGCUCACUGGAGACUCCGAGGUCACUGGUGGAGAGGCUUAUCUGGCUGGAAAGAGUGUCACAGCAGAAAUAGACGAGGUGCACCAGAACAUGGGAUACUGCCCUCAGUUUGAUGCCAUCAACGACCUCUUGACCGGCAGAGAACAUCUUGAGUUUUAUGCUAUUCUGAGAGGAGUCCCUGAGAAGGAAGUUUGUGAGGUGGCUGAGUGGGGCAUUCGGAAACUCGGCUUGGUCAAAUAUGUGGAUAAGUCUGCCGGCAGCUACAGUGGAGGAAAUAUGAGGAAGCUUUCCACAGCCAUUGCUCUGAUUGGAGGGCCUCCUGUUGUCUUUCUGGAUGAACCAACUACCGGAAUGGAUCCUAAAGCACGCCGCGCUCUGUGGAACGCCAUCCUGAGUAUUAUCAAAGAAGGACGAUCAGUUGUCCUGACUUCCCAUAGUAUGGAAGAGUGUGAAGCACUUUGCACGAGAAUGGCCAUCAUGGUUAAUGGCAGGUUCCGUUGUCUGGGCAGCGUGCAGCACCUGAAAAACAAAUUUGGUGAUGGGUACACUAUCAUCCUGCGUGUGGCGGGGCCGGACCCCGACCUUCGACCGGUGAUGGAGUUCAUUGAGCACGAGCUUCCAGGAAGUACUCUGAAGGAGAAACACCGCAACAUGCUGCAGUACCAGCUGCCCUCCUCCCUUACCUCGCUCGCCCGCAUCUUCUCCUUACUGUCCAAGAACAAGGAGACUCUCAGCAUAGAGGACUACUCUGUGUCUCAGACGACGUUAGACCAAGUUUUUGUAAAUUUUGCCAAGGACCAAAGUGACGAGGACCACAUCCUUCUGAAUAAGCGCGACGCUGUGGUAGUGGACAUUUCACAGUUAAGCUCUUUCCUCACGGACAGUAAAACCAAGGAGAGCUGUGUGUGA